AUGGCCAGCAGCUUCAUGUCGACCUUCUUCUCCGGCAGCUCCAGCGUCGGCACCACCAGCAGCUCCAGCAGGGACAAGGCGCCGCUGGCUGGAGACGCAGCCGCCGUGCCUCGCCCCAUAACGCCGACCAUGAACAUCAACAGCUUCAUCAACCCGCUCAACACGCCGCUGGGCAGCCCCAGCAAAAAGACGAACCCGCCCGGCGCCCACGACCUGCCCACGGCCUUUGACGCCGCCAUGAACCUCAACCUGGGCUCCAACGUGAGCUCCAACGUGAGCUCCAACCUCAGCUCGAGUUCCAGCGGCGGUUUUGACGCUCCCGUCAGGCUGACGCCGCGCCCGCAGAGCGUCAUCGCUCCGCUUUCGCCCUCGCCCAGCAAGGCCAACGGCACCAGCAACGCCGGCAACACCAACGGCAGCAGAAAAGCUGUGCAGCCCCCGCCUCAGUCUCAGUCUCAGUCUCGGACGCCUCAGCCCCGGACGCCUCAGCCUCUGACUCUUCAGUCUCUGGAGAAGCAGCAGCAGCAGCAGUUGCAGGAGGAGGGAGGGGAGGAGGAGCCCGCCGCCCAGCCCCUCGAUGGCAGCGUCGUGCAAAAAAAGGUGCCAAAGCCGGAAAAGGUAGAAAAGGUAGAAAAGGCGGAAAGGGCACAGAGGGUGGAAAAGGGGAGAGCCUCGCCUGGCUCACCACGCAAGCGACACGCCCCAGCCCAGGCCCAGGCUCACGAUGGAAAUGCGCCGCCUGUGCCUCGUCUCGCCGCCCAGGACCAAGACCGCCACCCCCACCACAGCCAUGCCGCGCUCUCUCGCCAGCAGAUGUACGACACCAAGGGGGAACGUCCCAUCAUAGCCAAGAGGUUUAACACGGCUCGUGGCUUGACGGCCGAGGAGCGCGAGAUUCUACAGCGGCCCAAUGUGCGCCGCAUGGUCAAUGUCACCCAGCUUUAUUUCCUGGACUACUACUUUGACCUGCUCACCUAUGUCGGUGCGCGGCAGAAGCGCCUCGCUGCCUUCAAGACCGAAUUCCCAGCACCCCCCGACACUGAAACGGAAACCCACAGAGUCAUGUGGUCAAAGUAUACCGGCCGAGAGCGCGCCAACCUUCGAAAGCGUCGAAUUCGAUUAAAACAGGGCGACUUUCAAAUCCUCACCCAGGUUGGCCAGGGCGGCUAUGGCCAAGUCUUUCUUGCGCAGAAAAAGGACACGCGGGAGGUGUGUGCGCUCAAGGUGAUGAGCAAAAAGUUGCUCUUUAAGCUGGACGAGGUCCGCCAUGUUCUGACGGAGCGAGAUAUCCUAACAACGGCGCAAAGCGACUGGCUGGUUCGGCUUCUGUACUCAUUCCAAGACGACAAGAAUAUCUAUCUUGCCAUGGAAUACGUGCCUGGCGGCGACUUCCGUACUCUCCUUAACAAUACGGGGGUGCUCUCCAACCGACAUGCGCGCUUCUACAUCGCCGAGAUGUUCUGUUCAGUUGACGCUCUCCACAAGCUCGGCUACAUCCACCGCGACCUGAAGCCUGAAAACUUCCUCGUCGACUCCACAGGCCACGUCAAGCUGACCGACUUUGGCCUCGCUGCCGGUGUUUUGGCCCCGUCAAAGAUCGAGUCCAUGCGUCUCAAGCUGGAACAAGCUUCCGAGACGCCAGUGCCGUUUGGCAAACCAAUUGGUCAGCGAACCGUAGCCGAGCGACGCGAGAGUUACCGAACCAUGCGAGAGAACGAUGUCAAUUACGCAAAGUCCAUUGUGGGUUCGCCCGACUACAUGGCGCCAGAGGUUCUCAGAGGAGAGGAGUACGAUUACACAGUGGAUUACUGGAGCUUGGGCUGCAUGCUGUUCGAGGCCCUGACCGGCUUCCCGCCCUUUGCUGGUUCGACUCCCGACGAGACGUGGCGCAAUUUGAAGCAUUGGAAAGAGGUUCUCAAGCGGCCCGUCUGGGAAGACCCCAACUACUUUUUGAGCAACAGGACGUGGAAUUUCAUCACAACAUGCAUCAACUCUCGCACCAAGCGCUUCAGUGAAAUUAAGGAUAUCUACGCCCACCACUAUUUCGCCGAGGUCGACUGGGAUACGCUGCGCCAGACCAGGGCGCCGUUCGUGCCAGAGCUGGACUCUGAGACGGAUGCCGGCUAUUUCGACGACUUUGGCAACGAUGCCGACAUGGCCAAGUACAAAGAAGUCCACGACAAGCAGCAAGCCUUGGAGAACAUGGCCGAGCGUGAGGAAGAGAUGAGCAAGAGUCUCUUUGUCGGCUUCACCUUCCGGCAUCGCAAGCCCGCCACAGAUGAUGGCGACGGCAAUGGUGGCAGCAACAGUCCGCGGAAGCGCAUCCCGACCGACGACUCGUUUGGCACCAUGUUUUAG